AUGGAUCUGAGCGUGUCAGAUGCGGAGUUGCCGCUUCUUGCGGUGGAACUGAGCGAGGCGAACGCGAUCGAUGAAUCGACGAUGAAUGGUGAAGCUCUGACUCGAGGGGUCGCCGAUCACGAGCUCUGCAGCGAUGGCUUCAAAUGCUUGCCUGUGACUGGCCAGAUGGGUCUCUCCUCUUUGAACUCCAAGCAAGCCACAAAAUUCGGCGGGAAUGAUUUCGUUUUCUUGCAUCUGGAAUUCUGGAUGCGCGCAAUCGGUCGUCCAACGAGGCCUUGGAUGUCAAUGAUUGAGUGCCUGUGA